CAUCCCUUCCUUCUUUUUCGGUUUUGACGUCGUGCGAAGCUGCCGUGUUUUCCGUACAACUGAAGUGAAAUUAUUUCACUUUUUAUCCCGCGAAUAGCACGUGUUUUACGAGUAAUUCGAUACAAACAAGCAAGUGAAAAUGCCGCUCGCCAAGGACUUUUUGCACCCGCUGCCCGCUGAGGAGAAGAGGAAGCACAAGCUGAAGCGUCUGGUGCCCCAUCCGAACUCGUACUUCAUGGACGUGAAGUGCCCCGGCUGCUACAAGAUCACCACCGUCUUCAGCCAUGCCCAGAGCGUCGUGGUGUGUGCCGGUUGUUCCACGAUCCUGUGCCAGCCGACCGGUGGCAAGGCUCGUCUGACCGAAGGCUGCUCGUUCCGCAGGAAGCCGUACUAAGGAGUUGAUGGGAGUCUGCACCCAUCCGGAGGAAACA